AUGGCAUCGGUCGGUCCGGAUGGGCAUUAUUGCCAACGGCUUUUGGAUUAUUUUCUGAUUGUUGGACCACAAAAAAAUGCUGGUGAUGAGGCUGUUUCUACCAAAACUGUCAUUUUAAAACAGUUUCCUCCAUCAGAGCAUGAAGACUUUCCCUUGCCCCCCGAAACCGUUUAUUUUUGUCAACCGGAUCCGUUAACUCCUGAGGGUAUCCAAGAUAUGUACUUAUCAGUUGGAUCGGAGUCCGCGGUCGCUCUCAUUUCCUUUUGCAUAAUUACCCAUCAUCCAAUGUUUUCGGGCUUUCGUCGCUGCUUGAAUACUAUCAAAGAAAUGAUCGACUGUUUGCCUGGGUUCGGAAAGUUAAUCUGUGGUCAAUCGUGGAAUCCAGAAAACUUUUGGGACCUAUUUUUGUAUGGCGAAUGGGAUGAGCGAAAUAUUACAAACGCUGAAGCCUUGAUAGCGGUUCAAUUGGAAAGGUGGAUUCUACGACUUUUGAGUACUCCAGCACCCGUUCCUGGCUGCACUUACAUUAAUCUCAAGUUGCUGCCGGAGGAAGUGGAACAUCCUUUGAUAUUUGCGAUGCCAGAUAAAAGUCGUUUAUCACUUGUGGAUUUUUCUUUCUAUCUCCCCAUGGAACUGCUCAGUAUUUCAAACUGUCUUCAAGUUAUUCUGGCCAUUCUGCUUGAGCAAAAGAUUCUCGUUCGGUCGAGGGACUAUAACGCUCUUACUAUGUGUAUCUUAGCACUGACGAAGAUGCUUUAUCCAUUGCAGUAUAUGUUCCCUGUUAUUCCACUCCUUCCAACGUCUCUUCCUAAUGCUGAGCAGAUCCUCCUAUCGCCAACACCCUUUCUUAUCGGCAUACCUUCGAGUUUCUUGAAGGAAAAGGGUCAGCAGAUCCCAAUGGCAGAAAUCCUGCUAGUCGAUCUUGAUUCUGGACAGGCAUUGGAAUUGAUGAAAAAAGACACAAGCUUGUCGCCCGAUGCUAUCAUUGACAUAAUUACGCGACCCCAAAGGUCAAGCAUUGAUGACUCGGAGCUUGGCACCUCAGAUUUCGCUUGUGCAACCGACCCACCUGCUCCUGUCGACGUUGAUGUAAUUGAUGUGGCAACACGGGUCGCUAUGGUGCGUUUUUUCAAUUCUCCCGGUAUUCUCGGUGACUUCACCGAACACACGCGAACCCUGCGCCUCUUUCCACGGCCAGUCGUCACAUUUCAAUACAUCUCCUUCAUGCGAUCUCGUCCAGCUAUGUACCCGUUUACUCAAAAACUUGCGAAGACACAGGCCGUUGAAUAUUUAUCCGAGUGGUGUCUCUACCCGGAAAAUGAAGUUUUUCAACGUAUUCAUGCAGGAAUUUCUGAUCCAUCGCUUAUUGGCGACAAGCCAAAGUGGUUUUGUUCGGAGCUGGUUCCGGUCGACUUUAAAGUUUACGGCGACUCAGACACAUGUGUGAUUCACUUGGGAUGCUGCAAGAAUCGAAAUCCCUGGGCUGUUGAAAAUAUCCAUCUCGAACCUUGGCUCCGUGAAAAAGUUAACGCCGGAUUGUUGCGGCUCCAUGAUUCACCUGAUCAGUUCCAAUGCGCUCAGCGCCUCUUAGUGAACUACCGCGAAUUCUUUUCUGCCCCGCUUGGGGUAGAGGAAGCAAUCAUCUUUGCUCGAGCCAUUCGUGGCCACGACGUGUCCGAAAGGAAGGGUCAUCGUCCAUUGUCCUCGCCUCUAGAUUACACAACAACUCAGUCGUGUCCGGGGGAUAUCUGUGAUGAUGGUUUGUCUUCCAGCCUCACCGAAAGUGAUGAUGAUUCUGAUAAGGCGCAAUUUUUCCCGCCUCUUACAAAUUGGUUCGUUUUAAACAAAUCCAUAGAUGGGACAGGAAGAAAGGCGAAUUAUGAAAAGGAGGAAGAUUAUGCUGGUGAAUUGGACCUGGGAGUCCACAUACUGACAAACCUUUCGGACGCCUUCUCGGGAGCUAACAACCUUUUCUCCAAAAUUCUCGAGAAACAGGAUUUGCUGAAACAGUUGACGCAGGCGAUAUGGUCGGGUGAUAAGGUGGGUCUUCGCACGAAGCACGAGGUGCAGGGUCUCAUGGAGGAUGAGCGCUAUCGAACCUACGUCCUUGUGAAGCUGCUUGCUGAAUCUCAUGAAUUUCACUACAAACCCGGAUCGCAUGUGCCUGACGUGGCCCUUCAUGAUAUCCCGAUGUUCCGCCACUUGGUGUGGCUCACAAAGGCCGUGAUUUGCGGUUACGAACGCAACUGGUUAAACUGUGGCAUCCAUGGCAUGGGGAGUGCAUUCCUCCUCCUCGAACUAGCGCAUACACACUUCUGGGACCAAUCUGUCGCCCUCGAGCGCGAACUCAAGGCCUCCAAACAGAGGCCGGCGUCUGCUCAAGGAAGUAAAGAAGACCUAUUCCCCGCGAAACUGAAAAAGAACCCACUCGAGAGCCUAUUUAUAGUUGAUAACGCCACGGAAUUCAAAUGUAGAAGCUCUGGAGUGAAUAGGUACACUCAAGCUCAACUACUCCGUUGUACGAUCAGUCAAGCUGACCUACAAAGCCGUCAUCAGCCGAGGUACUAUGUAUUUGAGGCCCUCAUCGGGGCUAAGGAGCGCUCGCGCAUCUGGGACCAGGCGCAGUUUUGGGAAGAUGCGUUCCUUGAUGCUGCGGCUCGUGAACGCGACCUUCUUGGCCUUGAUCAUUCUCCAACGGCUAUGCUUGAACGCUACGCAAAAUUAUCGGUACCCGAAAAGAAGUUGUGGGAUCUGAAAGAGGACCGCAUUUUAGCAACCCUUUUGCAUAACCUCAUCGCCUUUAUGGUGAUGCUGAAAACGGCCAAGCAAGAAAUAUACAACGUCGGCUAUCGACUGCUUGGACGCUGUCGCCUUGGGUCGCACUUCUCCCACUCAAUCUCCAACCUGCUUGAGUCCAUUGCUGAAUUGAGCGGUAAUGCUGUUGACCUCAUACCGUCGAUGAGCACUAGCAUCUACCACCACGCUUUCAUUGUGACCAUUGAUGCAAAGAAUUCAGCACCUGGAACCGCGUCUAUUCUGGAAGUAAGUUCAGGUCUUUACCAGCCCUACUAA